AGAUGGAAGACGUAUCCGACCCACAGCAGGAGAUAGAUAGUGGCGAGCAUGUCGCCCCAGGCGGUAAGUCUGCUAUCAUUGCAGUAUUUACCCUUGGCUAUUGUACUAAUCGUGUGUGGUGUCUGGGUACUACGGCAGUAGCUCCGCCACAAGAGUCUAAGAAGUCCCAGGCGUCUAAGACUCGAGGACCACGUAAAACUCCAGUGGCUAUGGAUACCACUACCGGCAAUAAACAGAAGAUGUCGCUGGCGGAGGUGCGCAAAGCUGCCCAAGAAGCAACAGAGAGGCGGAUGAAGGAGCGCGCGAAGGUGCUUUCAUCGAAGAAGUAAAGGAACCUUCAGCGCUCGCCCAGCGUGUUCACAAUGAGUUUGUGCCGGCUUGAUAUCUAAAUCCUACCUGCUGAGAACUUAUCCUCCUAUCUAUAUCCACGCUCGUCCUCUGUCAUACAGCUAUAUUGAAGCGGGCAUCACUACUGAAAUUCACCCAAGACCACGGAUAGACAACACGAGGACUCGAUGUUUGCAAACAGGAGCAAGCGAGACAUUCAGCUUGUCACCGAUGCGGGUCGCAAGGUUCGAGUGAAGCAAUUUGAAGAAGAGGGAUCACAGCGGUCAAUCGCAGAGAUGAAGGAGAUCAUUGAGCGCGAGCGAACCGCUCGUCAGCAGGCCCAGCUUGCCGCAGAGCAGGCGUUGACUGCAGCUAAGGAGGCUCAGAAAGUGAUUCUGGAGCUUGAGCAAGAACUCGAAAGUAAGGACCAGCAACUGGAGCAAGAGCGCACUGCUCGCGAGCAGGCAGAACUCGCCGCUCAAAGAGCAGCAAGUGCAGCCGAGGAAGCAGUAGAUCAGCAUAAAGCCUCCCCCGUGCAGGCAGAGAAGGAUGAAUGUGUGAAGGCUCAGCCGGAAGCUGAGACUGAGGAGUCGAACACGGAUGAUGACGUGCAUUCGCUGCCCCACGCUGUUACCACCACUGGUAAGUGUAUCUUCCUAUUUCUAUGAACUGCAAAUUGCUCGCUUACGGUUCUUGCUUGGAAGAUAAAUCGUCGCCAGCGAAGAGACCGCGAGAGUGUACCGAGACGCAAUCAUCUCCAGCGUCCAAGAAACCUCGCGGCCCAAACAAGGAUCGAAUUCGAGCAUCGCAAGGUGAGGUGAGAAAGCAGAAAAUGUCGCUGGAAGAGGCACGUAAAGCUGCCCAAGAGGAAAUCGAGAA